AUGGCGGACCCAAUCAGCGCAGUAUCGGCCAUCAUUACGCUCGUUACCUUCGGUAUCAAGUCGAGCUCUACGCUGUACCAGACCCUCAAAGAACUCAACAAUCAUCAAAAAUAUGUGAGAGAGCUGAAAGCAGAAUUAGAUGUGCUGAGUCUAGUGUUAGCGUCUCUACACCAGGCUAUCCUGGAUGAUGAGGCAGACUUCACACUUCUAAAGCUUCCUCUCUUCAGAUGUGGAUGUGCUUGUAUAGAAUUCAACAUGGUUGUGAAAGAUGCUACUAAGCAAUUUUAUGGUUCUCUGGCAAGUUUUCGAGACUGGGCAAAACUGAAAUAUAUGGGUGACGACAUCGAUAAUUUCACAGAUUCACUAGCAGCAUACAAGUCAACAAUCAAUAUCGCGCUCACAGACUCUUCUGUUGCUCUGGAGCGUCUUGGAGAUUACAAGGAUCUUAUCACAACAGCAAAGAACGAUCUUGAGGCGCGACUCGAAACGAUCGAUGAAAAGCUCCAAUCUUUAGUAGAGCGCACUAUGUCAAGCUCGGCAACACCAGAGCUUCAAAGAUUGAAGGAGGAGCGCUCAAGCACGCAAAAAUGCCUUCUGAUUUGCGCUCAGUUCUCCACGCUCAUCCAGCAGCUUCAAUCAUCAUCAGCAAAGGAUUUUCCCCAAGGCGUAGACAGCAUACCUGAGAAGAUCACGAGCGAUAGCAUUCGAGAAUGCAGAAUUACUAUGGAGCAAACAAAUAUAAGAUCCCUUGCAAAAUUGCGCGAAGAAUGGACAAGUACUCGUAAAUGCAGAGAUAUUUGUUCCCAAGCAGAACAAAAUUUAAAAGAAAACGUAAGCGUUAUCGACAACUACGCUACAGGCAACGAAGCCGUGCAAUUUCUAGUAUCAAACAGCCAAAAGAUAAUACAUGGCAAGAACCGUGGACACGGGGACUAUAUCAAAUAA